AUGAAACGUCAUUUCAACGGCUAUCGUUUUUCCCCAUCUGCCACGAGUCCGCACGUCCUCAAUACAAAUAACUGCUUGGAAUAUCUUCAGAUGAGUGCUGAUGCUGCAGGAAGGCCGAUUAAGUCAUGUCAGCCUUCCAAUUCCGAAGCUUCUGAGCGAGUGCUCCAGGUGCUCGCUGCCUCGCCCAUUACAAUCAGCAUUCCAACAAUUAUUCAACAUCAGAUGUUGAACGCUUGGCGUGUUCCAAUCCCAUGUGAGACUCUUCAGAACGAAUUCCGUCUUUCCGACUUGCAUAUGGAUAUCACAAAGAGCAGGCCGGUAUGGUUGAGCUACAUGUUCCAUGUCGGAUGUCUCAGUUUUACCGAUGAGAUGACCGAAAAGCAACUGCAAAUCCCAAACCUUGUUGCUGCACAGCGUUUUGCAAACGCUGUUUUGGAUCGCUUUGAGUUGCGUGCGAGUGAUAUUAUGGAUGCACUUCAGAAAAUUGUAUCGAUUGAAGAUAUAUCAGACCUAUUGGGUUUCUACCAGAGGAUGAUGAGUAAACGCGAUGUUAGUGACAAUGACCUCAGGGAUAAGUUGGAAGAGCAUCAUCGUGACAGUUUCACUUUUGCAGACAAAACCGGAUCUCCAAACUCAAUUGGGCGGAUCGAUCUAUUAAUCAAAACCAAUACAAGCCGUAUAACGAUCACUAAGUGUAAAGCGCUUAGGAUCAACUUCCUAGACAUUCAACCUGCUGCGUCUCAGCCCGGUCCCAAAAGAUCUGUCGACUUUCGGAAGGCAUUGACACUGAGCAACAUCUCGGACGUAGCCUCAGUGCUCAAAUUUAAGCUUGCCUCUUAUGACAGGUUUGGUCGAGCAGGAAAAACCAUCCGCGAAUGGAUUUUUGAGAUGGGUGGUCCAAACGAGCAGUGGAGCUCCAUAGGACCCAUAACAGUGUUGGACUAUGAGCUUGAUAUGACCUCAUAUGACCUUAUAUGA